AUGGCAGCAUCCAGGAAAAGGAACGUGAAUCCGGAUUUAGCAAAGGAAAGAUCUAAGGCAACAUUUGAUGUUGAGGAAUUGACAUAUGCCCUUUAUCUUGGAAAGGAGAUGACAGAAAGGAAGCGCUACCUGGAGGACCUUGCUAUCAAUGAUCCAUUCAUCAAGGGAUGCAAACCCUGGGCAUUUUGUUCACGAGAAGAGCAGUAUGAAAUGGCACUGAAGAAACACAUAUACAUUGCCAAAAGAAUCAAGGAGCUUGGACUGACAACUGACUGGGACCAAUUCUUUUAUACAGAAGCUAUGGCGUGUCACGAGAAUAGCCCCAUUGGUCUCCAUAGUAGCAUGUUCCUGCCAACCUUGAGAAAACAAGGGUCAGAAGAACAGAAGAAAAAAUUCCUACCAUUGGCUGAAAAUAUGACAAUUAUAGGAACAUAUGCUCAGACUGAGUUAGGACAUGGUACCUUCAUUCGAGGUCUCGAGACCACUGCCACCUAUGAUCCUAAAUCACAAGAAUUCAUUUUACAUUCACCAACUUUAACCUCCAUGAAGUACUGGCCUGGAAACUUGGGUAAAACUGUCAACUUCUGUAUCAUUAUGGCACAACUUUACACUAAAGGGCAAUGUCAUGGAAUCCAUACCUUUUUACUACCGCUACGGGACCUUGAGACUCACAAGUCCUUACCAGGAGUUGAACUUGGUGAUAUUGGACCAAAGUUUGGCUAUGGCACAAACGACAAUGGCUAUCUGCGACUGAGCAACGUACGGAUUCCUCUUGAUCAUAUGUUGAUGCGAUACUCAAAGGUUCUGAAGGAUGGAACUUAUGUAAAACCUCCAAACACUCGCCUAUCAUAUGGGUCCAUGACUUUGAUCCGUGCCAUCAUUGUUGGUGAUUCAUCGCGGGGGUUAUCACAGGCAUGUACGAUCGCCCUCAGAUAUAGUGCUGUCAGACGCCAAACAGAGAUCUCCCCAGGAGGACCAGAGGCACAGAUAAUAGAUUACCAGACACAACAGCACAAGUUAUUCCCUCUUUUGGCUACUGCCUAUGCCCUUCACUUCACAGGACAAAAUGUGUACAUGAUAUAUAUGCAGGUUACUAGCCAGAUAGAGGAAGGGAACCUCGAUCAAAUAGGGGAGCUUCAUGCCUUAUCUGCAGGGCUAAAGGCUUUCUCAACCUGGGAGUGUACCAAAGGGAUAGAGGUGUGCCGAAUGGCGUGUGGUGGUCAUGGUUACUCACAUGCCAGUGGUCUUCCAAAGAUCUACGUGGACCUGACUCCAGGAUGUACUUAUGAGGGCGAGAACACUGUCAUGAUGCUACAGACAGCUCGGUACCUGAUGAAAUGUUAUGCUAAAGUGGAGAGUGGAGAAAAGCUUCCCGGCUUCGUGUCUUACCUCAAUACUGACUUAUCAGCCAAAUCAUGCUUAACUGCUGAUGUCACGCUCGACUGUUUACUCCAGGCAUAUGAACACAGAGCCACAAGGAUGGUUCACGUGGCAGCCAAAAACAUGAACAGACGUGUAAUGGUAGAAGGUCAGAGUCAGCAACAAGCUUGGAACAAUACAUCACAACAGCUAGUAUGGGCAUCAAGGGCUCACUGCCAUACCUAUGUCGUCAGGACAUUUGUUGACAUGGUGACAAGUGGUGUCUAUGACAACCAGGUGCAAGAAGUGCUGACCUCUCUCUGUAAACUGUAUGCUGUACAUGGAAUUGUAGAAUACCUGGGAGAAUUUAUACAGGACGGGUACUUCAGUACAAAACAGGUGGACAUUGUGACAGAUAAACUAUGGAGUCUAAUGCAGGAAAUACGUCCAAAUGCUGUCGCUCUGGUGGAUGCCUUCGACUAUCCUGAUGCUGUGCUUGACUCAUGCCUCGGUCGCUAUGAUGGCAAUGUUUACCAGGCCUUGUACGAGUAUGCAAAGUCAUCGCCAUUAAAUCAGAAAGAUGUUCUGGAUACUUACGAGAAAUAUGUGAAGCCGAUGAGAGGUGACAACUUUAGUUCUGCUGAACUUUUGAAAAUAUCCAAACUGUGAUACUACGAUACUGCGUCAAGUGAAAGAUACAUGUGCCUUUAGCCAGAGUUUAACGCCAAGAGAACAAAUCAUAAAUAACAGACAGUCAAAACCUCAUAAGGAAAGAACUUUCUGUGGACCAGAACCUAGCUGACUCCUUGUUUGAGCACCUCAAACACUGAAAGUCUUGACGUUAUUGUGUGUUUUCAAACUGUGACCAUGGAUGUUGUUGUUGUAGUGAUGCGUGUCCAUUUGUCCAUGUCUAUGAUUUUGUGUAUAUAUUAAGUCUAUUCUUUUAUUAAUACAGAUUUUUAUUUGUCUGGGUUUAACAAGCUUGUUGAUACAUCGUGUACUUUUCUUGGUCCAGGUUUGUAUGUGUACAUAUUUUCAUUUUUCACUGUUUUUGUGUUCAUAUUUCAUCACUCCAUGUUUGUGUGUCCCUGUUUUU